GCGUCUACCCUGGCCGACACCUCACUCGUCGUCGGUCGCGUUGUCAGCUGUUUGUGUUCAUAAAAUGUAAACAUAAGAAUUCAAAAUCGUUUUUAAAAGUGUUUCUCUUACGAAAUUGGUCGUGUUUUUUCGAAUUAUUCAAUGAAACACAUUCAACCUGAUGAUGACUUCCGGCAAACACGAUAAUGCUCAUCGCCACCUCUACAAAAGUAAGCGAAAUACACGGGUGAUUCGAAUCGUUCGUCGCCAAUCGGCUGGUCCGAUAACAUCCAACGAAGAAACCCAAUCGCAAAGUAGUUCUCGGAACCGGCAGAUUCAAAUCAAGUAUUUAACCUGUCCCAAUCCGCUGUACGAGCGCUGGCUUCAGGACAUGAUUGCCGAAUCGCAGUCAAAGGACACCAAGAGUCAAAUGGCGCUCCAGAAAGCACUGGCCUCUUUGCGGCGCUAUCCGCUUCCGAUUCGCACUCCGAGGGAUUGUGUCAUGCUGACCGGUUUCGGAAUUGGAAUCUGCGAGAAGCUAAUGGACAAACUCAAGAAGUUCAAGAAGGAUGGCGGCGUGCAGUUUGAUGACCAAGCAGGAGAUGCGAUGGUCGAGAAGAUGUUGAACGAUAAGGAGGGCCAAUAUUAUGGGCGAUUGGUUCCGACGGAGGAAGUUGAAGUUGAGUCGGAUGCAAAAGAAGAUAAUGACAUCGAGACUCAAAAAGACGAGCAGCUUGAGAUACCAGAUGAUUCGGUGUUCGAGAAUUUGGAAGUCCUCGAUAAUCAGUAUCUGAGCGUGUCGAAUCCAAAGGUCAUUCUGCUGGUGGACACCCAAGAAACCAUUGGUAAAUCUAAGAGCUAUUUGGACCGCACCCUGAAGGAACUGGAACAGUACGACAUUGAGUUCGAGGUCCGCCGUUUGAGCGUCGGAGACUUCCUAUGGACCAUGCGAGAUGAUAGUGGGACCGAGUUCAUCCUUCCGUACAUUGUGGAACGCAAGAGGAUGGACGAUCUGGCUAGUAGCAUCAAGGAUGGACGCUUCCACGAGCAAAAGUUCCGCCUUAAACAGUGCCAAUUGGCCAAUGUGGUGUAUCUGAUCGAACAUCUGGGGAACAACCGUCAAGUGGGUGUUCCGGAGAGUACGCUUACCCAGGCGGCGCUGAACACUUACGUGCAGGAUUUUACGGUUAAGUACACGGAAAACCAUCACCACACGGUGCUGUACUUGUCCACUAUGACGAAGCUGCUAGAUGAGAACAUGAAGGACAAAUCGUACUGGAACAUCACCAAUCUACCGCCGGAGACAACAGCCGCAACCGUGUCCGAUUUCAACAUCAAACAGCGCACGGUUCCGAUGAUUUCGUUCGAGUCGUUCAACAAACAAUCGUCCAAAACGCGCGACUGUACGGUGAAAGACAUCUUCAUGAAACAACUCCUGCAAAUCAAGCUGCUCACGAUCGAUAAAGUGAACGCAAUCGUCGACAAAUAUCCAACGCCAAAGAAACUGUUCUUGGCGUACGAGCGCUGUACAAGCGAGGAGGAGAAGGAGAAACUACUCAAUAUACCCUAUGGAAAGGUGAAGAGGACGAUCGGAUUGAGGCUGAGCAAAAUCAUUUACCAAUUGUUCAUGAACAACGUCUAUCAGUAAUGAGUUUGAUCACAGCAACCUUUGUGGUGGAGAAAACUUUUGAUGUUGACGGCCGUGUUUCCAGGAGACCAAAACGAAAGUUUUCCAAGAAAUUUUAUAUCUUAUGCAUUAUUUAUGUAUUUUUUGCUCAAAUUAUUGUUUAUUUUAGGUGCAUUAAAGAGGAUUACUAGUUAUCAAAUUGAAAAACUGAGUUAUGGAUUUAUUGCAGAAACAAUAAACGCUUUCAACAAGAUUUAUUGAGUCACCAAUGAUUGAGGGAGUGCAUAGCAUAAUACUUGCUCCAUUAACAGAAAAGACUAUCUGAGCAUUUUUCUUCAAAGAGGUUAGCCAAUUUUAUCACAAAUACGAGUGAGAUGGCACUGGGUCGCCCGUUAAAAUUGAUUUAUAUAACGCACGGCUGCUUGCCAGGGACCUUACAAAUUCAAAAAAUUUCACUGCUAAGAAAGUGAAACCUGCUGAUUUCCUUGCAAAGCUUCCAGUUUGUUGCGGGUCAAGCAAAAUUUUUUACCUUUAAUUUCUCGAUAGCCAAUUGAUUAAAUUGCCUUGCUUCCGUAGAAAAGUGCUCAAUUCUCACAUUCGUAUGUUCACACCUACAAGUCCGACUAUCCGAAAAUUGUAUGCUAACUCGUUCACAUCAGGAAACUUCCAAUAAAUCCUAAUUAUUGAUUGCCUAAAAUCAUACGAGAUAAUUGGGAUUAUAAGAAAAAGGUUUAUGUCAAUAUAAGAAGUUGAAUACGAAGAUACUGCUGCUGCAAAACACAUAGAGUGAAAAAUAAUGAUAGUUCAAUCAAUAACAUAAAAUCAGUGCCUGCUAAGACUUAACUAUAAAAUC